AUGAAUUUGGUUUUGCAACGAAUUCCUCCCUCAUGCACAGUUAUAAAUCCUAUGCCUGAAUUGCGACCGUAUAUGUCAUGUCUGAGAUCGGAUGAAGAUAAGAGAAAGGCGAUGAUGAUGACGAAGAAGAGGAAAACGACAAGAAAGAAAACGGUGACAGUACAGCUCUUGGAAGGACUAGAAGCGGAGGUGGUGGAGGCGAUGAAGGUGAAAACCAGGGACAGGUGA